CCAUACUCUCAAUGGUGCUCGCAGACUCUCGAUGCGCAUGCGCGUCACCGAAGUGUGACGUAGGUGUCUCCUCCUCGUUCGUUUACUGGGCCACAUCUGAACAAAGGCCGGCCCCCUUUUUCAUGAGGAUUUCUCUGCCGCCAUCGUUACUUUACGUGUAAUCACGAUUACUAAAUUGGAUUACGAUACUUUUAUUCUAUUUCAAGACGUCGAAAACAGUCGAGACAAUGUCCGAAAUGGAUGGCGAUCCCCAUGACAGCAGCGGUGAGACCAAAUCGGCCAUGCAUACUUGGCGUUAUCGCCACCAUUUCACGUACAAGGCAGAUCAAGGGAAGAAUAUCAUCGUCCAGUGUAAUCUAUGUCUGCCGAGGGUUAAUCUGCUGUCCACGUCGAAAACCUCCACGUCAAACCUAAAGAAGCAUUUAGACAGGACCCACUUGGGCUGUGAAGCCAGGCCUGAUGUCAAGAGGGGGAGGAAGAAAGAGGAGCACAACGGCGAGGAGAGCCGGCACUGCCAGCUCAAGAAGCUGAAAGCGGAAAUCAUCUCCAAAUGCAUGACCCAGGCGAAGAUCGACGAGCUGAUUUUCAACUUCAUCGUGGAGGACUGCCAGUCGUUUUACGUGCUGGAGCAGCCCGGCUUCAGGAAGCUGAUUUCGGGCUUAACUGAGGGGCUGAAGUCCAUGGACAGGGUGACCUUGUUCACAAAGGUGGACCAGGGUUUCUCCAGGAUGCGGGAGGAGCUCAUGGCGAAACUCGGCGGCAUCCAGUACGUGUGCACCACGGCCGACAUCUGGACGGCCAACAACAGGAGCUUCUUCGGCAUGACCUGCCACUGGAUCGACAGGCACUCCCUGGAGAGGAAGUCCGCCGCCCUGGGGUUUGCGCGGCUGCAGGGCCGCAUCACGCACGACACCAUCGCCGGGCGGAUACACGACAUCCACGUGGCGUACAACAUCGACAGCAAGGUGCAGACCACGGUCACCGACAACGGCAGCCCCUUCGUCAGCGCCUUCAAGGAGUUCGCGGUGGACGUCCCGGAGAGCGACGACGACAUCGGCUUCUACGAGAACGUGGGCGCCGUCCUGGAGGGCGAGCCGGAGCAGGACAUGCUGCUCUUCCUGCCCACCGUGCAGCGCUGCGCCUCGCACACCCUGGAGCAGAUUGUCACCGAGGACUUCUGGCAGGCGGUGUCGCAGGGGCCCAUGUGCCAGUUGCACUACAGCACCAUGGCCAAAGUGUACUCGCUGUGGAGCAAAUGCCACCACCUCCAGGUGGGCAUGGACGCGGCGGAGGAGAUCGGGAAGAUGGCCCUGGUCGUGCCCGCCGUCAUCCGCUGGAAUGUGGAGUACUGCGCCGUGCAGAAGAUCGUCUCCCUCUCCGAGCGGGAGCUGACGGAGCUGUGCGCCCGCCUGGAGGUCGUGCGCCUGCAGGCGGAGGAGAUGGCCUUCCUCAAAGAGUACGUGACCGUGUUUCACCCGCUCGCCUUUGCGCUCGAACUCUUCCAGGCGGAGCAGAAGUGCUACCUGGGCCUGGUCAUCCCGACCGUGCUCAGCCUGAAGAACAAGCUCAAUGAGCAGAAGGACUCGGCCAACUACUUCGGCGACGUCAUCGGCGCCAUCGUGGUGGCCAUCGACGUGAGGUUCCAGGAGCUGUUCGCCAGCACGGAGGCCAAAAUCGCGACGGCAACCACGCCGCAGUUUCGCCUGUGGUGGAUGGCGGCCUCGGACCGGGAGGAGAUGUGCGCCCUGCUGGCCACCGAGGCGUCCCAGAUGGACCCCGGCAACAUCCCCGAGGCAAACACCAGCCGCAACGUGUCCACCAUCGAGUCCGAGGACGACUUCUUCAGCUACGGCUCGGCCAAGCCCACCGUCCAGAUCCAGCAGCGGGGGGUGACGGAGGAGAUCCGCAAGUACAUCGAAGGGACGGGGAAGAGCCUGGAGUGCCUACAGGACUUCCCCAGGGUGAAGCAGCUUUUUUUAAAGUACAACACCACGCUGCCGUCCACGGCCCCCGUGCAGCGCCUCUUCAGUCAGAAGGGCAACCUGGUGACCUCGCAGAGGAACUUCCUGACCGACGACUACUUUGAACGCAUUCAGCUCUUGAGGUACAACAGCCUCGUGUGCGCGCCGCUGGCCGAGUGAACGCGUGUAUGGGCGAGGGGAGGCGGUCUCUUGCAAUCAAUCUACACUAACGACUGAAAAACCAUUGAAAAAUAUUUUCUUUCAGACAAUUUAGCCCGUUAACGUUGUGUUGAUGUAGCUUGGUUGAUAGGCAUAUCAUGUAUGUACCUCCCGACUGCUGAAUGGCUUGAUGAAGAUGCAUGAAUUGACAAUCAUGGACAAUGAGAUUCGAGGACUGUAAACGCUAACGGAAGACUUUCUAUCGGUGCUGUGGUUGUUUCGGAGAAGCCACCGGGCUGAACUGAAGUGAUUUUUGUCUUUCAGUUCAGUUUGUUUUUUCUAUGGAUGCUCAAUGAGAAUGCAUCUCCGGUUUGUAUGUUUUAUAUCAAAGACGACAAGAGAACAGCCUUUUGGAGGGGGGGCUGGCUGUGUCUCGCUUUUUUUGUUGUUAGAUUUUAAGUGAAUUGACAGACACUGACCACAGUUUUUGAAAGAGGUUUGUGUUUUGUGUGCGAGGACGACGCAGCGCAGCAGAGAACCAGGUGCAUUCGGGGGCCACGUGUCCACAGGGCCCGAGAUGCUAUCUUCCAGAGAGGAUACGAGAGUACGAAACGCUCCUGGGAUUGGCCUUUUCUUUUUUUCAACACCCUUUUCUGUAUAUAUUCUAUACGUCCCACUUUGCCUAACAGAGAUUAAGGUGAAGGUUUAAAGCUCCUCUGCUGCGGCUGGCCCUCACAUCUCUAAAGUGUGAUUCGCUUGAGAGACGGGCUGUUGGGAUUCUAUUCAAUCGCACAUCAGCUGAUGAGGGAAAACACAGCUUGAACUGCUGCUUGCAAGUGAAAGGACACAGAAAAAGGGCCGCUGACGCGAGGCGGUAGGAUAGAUAUCGACCAGCUCACACCUGAGCAGGAUGGUUUUAAAUGAAAAUUGCACAUUGAUCAACAGGUUAGUAAAUAGGGGAAUUAAACAUGCUUAAUGACUAAUAAAAUGAUCAGGUUGGAUGUGUUGGAAGAUGAAAAUUCUCCAGUGUCUUCUAGAA